GGACACCACCUUUUUCAUCAAAACUUCAAAAUCAAAAUAUACUUGUUCUUAAGUUCAAAGCUACCUUUUAUCUUUUCAUUUCAAGGCUAAGAAAAAAAAUGAGUGUAGAAGUCUUGGAUGCUGCCACCAUCUUCAACUUUGUGGAAGACGAAGAAGCAUUUAAUGUCUCAAUAUGUGACCAUUUUGCUAACCUCGACACCGACCAUGAUGGCCUUCUCUCAUAUGCAGAGAUGUUGAAGGAGCUGCAGAGUUUGAGGGUCUUUGAGACCCACUUUGGCAUUGAUGUGAAGCCAGAUCCCGGUGAGCUUGCUCAUGUAUAUGACUCCCUAUUCAUGCAGUUUGAUCAUGACUCUAAUGGGACAGUUGAUCUGGAGGAGUUCAAGGGGGAAACCAAGCAAAUGAUGCUUGCUAUGGCUAAUGGACUGGGGUUCUUGCCAGUUCAGAUGGUCCUUGAAGAGGACAGCUUCCUCAAGAAAGCCGUGGACCGAGAGUCCAUAAUGACAAGGGUGACCAUUUAAGUUUGUUGCAACCUAAAUACCUAAUGCUAAUGCAUCCUCCAUGUAUUACUUUCACCAAGUGAAACAGUUUUAUUUUAGUUUUUGUUCUCCUAUUUGCUAAAUUUGGAUCAUAGUAGUAACGGAAAUAAAUACACUUUCUUUUCAGUCAA